CUUCAUCUUUUACCACUUCAAGAAUCUUGUUGAAACCCUAGAAAGCCACCAACAUCCACAAUUAGGGUUUGUUGUUUCUUGGAUAUUUACUGAAAUCCCGGAACUGGAUUCACUAGAUCUCUCUUUUCUGUGGUUAUCGCAUAUCAAAAUGGAAAAGUAUCACUCCUUUACCAUGGAUGUUCCUCCAGCACAAGAAGUCGACUCGAUCAUCACCACAAACCUUAACGCAGGUAUGUUGAGCCCAACAUCCUCUUCGUCUUCCUCGACUUCUUCUCCGGCCACCACUCUCAGCCGCUACGAGAACCAAAAACGCCGUGACUGGAACACCUUCGGGCAGUACCUCCGGAACCACCGUCCGCCGCUCACUCUUUCCCGGUGCAGCGGUGCACAUGUUCUUGAAUUCCUCAGGUACCUUGACCAGUUUGGCAAGACAAAAGUCCACACCCAACUUUGUCCUUUCUUCGGCCACCCCAAUCCACCAGCUCCAUGCCCCUGCCCCCUCCGCCAGGCAUGGGGCAGCCUUGAUGCCCUCAUUGGCCGUCUCCGGGCAGCCUAUGAGGAAAACGGAGGGAUGCCUGAGACCAACCCAUUUGGAGCUCGGGCUGUCAGGCUGUAUUUACGUGAAGUUAGGGAUUCUCAAGCUAAAGCAAGAGGGAUCAGCUACGAGAAGAAGAAGAGAAAGCGGCCGCCGCAGCUGCCACAGUCACAAACACCACCACCACCACCGCCACCGCCUCUUUGUUGAUCAAGUUAGCCACUUUCUGGUCAUAAUUGAAUUCUACUCAAUUAUAUUCCCAUAGUCAAAUUAAUGGGUAUAUAUAUUUUAACUCAAAAUCUCUCAAUUUCUUGAAUUUUAUUCGCCUCAACUAUCAUUACUAUCAUAUUGCUUUUGCUGUCAUUAUUUAUGAUUCAAAUAAAAUCACUCACUGUUGAUGACCCCCAAAACAUGAGAAAAGAAAGGGAAAGAAGCAGUGAUCCAGUGGUAGUUUAAUUGCUGCUACUGGCUCUAAAAUUAAAUAGCCUUCUAGAUCAUCACACAUCGAUCUGAUGGACCUCGUUUUGUAAUGUAAGCAGUAAUAGUAAUUAAUUGAAGUGUAAGUUUGUGAUUUUUAA